GGGAAGUUGCCUUUGACGUGUAAUUGCUUCCCUUUUAAAAAGUUUCUUGGAGAAGGGGUCAUUCCCUCCCUUGCGUUUUGCUCGCUCUGUCUUAUAUCUCUCUCUUCGUUUCAUCCGUAAUCAUGGCUUCUGCAAACAGAUGGCUCAGACCUGAGGUGUAUCCGCUAUUUGCAUCGGUGAGUGUCGCCGUUGGCAUUUGUGCUAUGCAACUUGUGAGGAAUAUCACCACCAACCCUGAAGUCAGGGUAACCAAAGAAAAGAGGGCUGCUGGAAUUCUUGAGAACUUUGAAGAAGGUGAAAAAUAUGCAGAACAUGGUCUGAGGAAGUUUAUCCGCAAGAGACCACCUCAGAUCAUGCCAUCUGUUAACAACUUCUUCUCUGACCCAAAUUAAAGCAAUUGCUGAAUUCUUCAAACUUUGAGCUGCCUAUGGAAUUUAUUGAAUUGGAGAGUAAAAUUGUUUUUUCUUUCACAUUUUAGAAGACAGGUACAAGACAAUUGUAUUGUUGGCUGUCAAGGAAUAUUAUUAUUGAAUAAUAAAAUAAAUAAC